AUGAUUGAACAGAUCAUCAACAAGCAUGAUGAAAUAGAGAUGAUUGAAGAAGAUAUCCACCACGCCACGUCACUUCCCUCAAGGAAGGGACUGGAAAAGGUCAACACCAAAAAGGGGUUCAGAGGUUUUAAUCGUGGGUGGGAAGGACAUCUACUACGCCACACCAUUUCUCUCGAAGAAAUGGAUAGUUAUAUGAGCCUAUAUAGAUACCGCCGAAUGGACCGAGGGUGGUGGAAGCCUGCGGAUUAUAGGGGCGUAGUAAAGCUAGGGCGAUUAAGGUGA